AUGCAUUUACUACUCUUAUUGUUUUCUUACGUUGCUGCUAUUCAAACUGAGCCGGGAGCAAUACCUCCGCAUUGGGGAUUUUACGUAGGUGACGACGCUCGACGAAUUAGAUAUUGUGGAAUUUGUCAAGUUUGGAAACCAGACAGAGCACAUCACUGCAGUGUCUGUAAUAGAUGUGUUUUAAAUAUGGAUCACCAUUGUCCUUGGAUUAACAAUUGUGUUGGAUUCUACAAUAGAAAGUUUUUCAUCCAAGCGUUAUUCUUCGCGAAUUCUUGUUUAUUAAAUAUGUUGAUUCAAAUUUUAUUCCCAUUGCUUGUGAAUUCUAGAAAUAGAUAUUCACGUGGAAUGGAUACGAAUGCUCGUGUUUCAGGACUAUUAUUACUAGCUGUUUUGAUAAUAGGAGUUUUGCUUGGACUUAUUCCGUUUAGUCGAUUUCAUUGGCAUUUAUUAGUAUCUAAUUCAACUACCAUUGAAUCGUUAGAUGUUGUUAAUAAAGAACACUCACGAUUUAAUAUUGGGGCUAGAAGAAACAUAGAACAAGUUUUUGGAUCCAAUUUUUUGUUUUGGUGGCUACCAUGCCAUACUUCGUCAACCCAACCUGUUGGUGACGGAGUUAGAUGGCGGCGACAUUAUUUGAAGAAUGAUAAUUUAUCGUUAAUAUAG